CCGGCUAUCCGUAGCUAGUUUAAACCAACCCGGAACCAAGUUGACAGCUCCAGUUCCUGAAAGCAUCAUUUUCAAAUGGUAGAAACAAAUGUUUUUCUGUGGUGAUGAAUAUGCCACAAAAACAUACAUUUUGUUAUUGUUAAUCGAUUUUUUUUUUUUGCAAAUUGGGGUGAGCCAUUCAUUACGUCAAGCUAGCCACUUCCUUGUAAUGCAAGAGUCAGAGGAUUAAAUCAAACACUGCUGUCAAGGAUAACGUUUAUCCUUUCAUGUCAUAGCAGUCAACUAGCUAGGUAGCUAGCCUGUCAGCAAAAUGAGGGUACGUUCGUCGGUUUUUGCCUCGUUUUGUCUCAUACUCCAAGUAUUAAGCGUAGCCUUGUUUCUUAGGGGAUUUUUCCCAGUCCCUGUCAAAUCAUCUUUUUCAUCGAAAAGCAAGCUGUCAGAUCUUCCGGCUGAACCCUUCACAGGGAGCUCCCCUAACUCGUCCAAGGUCCCAGACCCCCUUUUUAAGAGAGUGGUGAUAGUGUUGAUCGAUGCGCUCAGGGAGGACUUUGUGUUUGGUCCCAAUGGGAGAAAGUACAUGCCGUACACAAGGCACCUAGUGGAGAGGGGCUCCACACACAGCUUUGUGGCCAAGGCAAGACCUCCUACAGUUACAAUGCCCCGAAUCAAGGCCCUGACCACAGGCAGUAUCCCAGGUUUCAUCGACGUGGUGAUGAACCUGAACUCCCCCGCACUGCUGGAGGACAACCUCAUCUGGCAGGCCAAGACGGCGGGCAAGCGGAUGGUGUUCUAUGGGGACGACACCUGGGUGAAGCUCUUUCCCAAGCACUUCAUGGAAUAUGACGGCACCACCUCUUUCUUUGUGUCCGACUACACUGAGGUUGACAACAACGUGACUCGUCACCUGGACGGCACGCUGAAGAGAGACGACUGGGACAUUCUGAUCCUGCACUACCUGGGCUUGGACCACAUCGGCCACAUCAGUGGACCCCACAGCUCCCUCAUCCAGCCCAAACUAAUGGAGAUGGACGACAUCCUCAAGAAGAUUCAUGGCUCCCUCAUCUUAAAGGAGACAGAGGGUGCACUACCCUACCUGCUGGUGCUGUGUGGGGACCACGGGAUGUCCGAGACGGGCAGCCACGGGGGCUCGUCUGCGCAUGAGGUCAACACCCCCCUGGUGCUCAUCAGCCCUGCCUUCAAGAGGAAAGUGGGGAUGGAAAAGCCGCCAACAGUAGAGCAGGUGGACCUGACCCCAACCCUGGCCCUUGGUCUGGGCCUGCCCAUCUCCCAGAACAGCGUGGGCCGCUUCAUCCAGCCCGUGGUGGAGGACGCCUCGCUCAGGGACCAGCUACGCUUCCUGCACCUCAACGGCCACCAGCUGAGCUGCCUGCUGAAGGACAGCAUGCCAGCCUAUGAUAAAGAGGAGGGUUAUGAGCAGUUCCGCAUGGCGGAGAAAUCCCAUGGUAACUGGUUGAAGCUGGUGGUGGAGGGCAACACGUCAGAGGUGCUGAACAACAUUGGGAAGAAGGUGCUCAAGCAGUACCUGGAGGCCCUCAGGGUCAUGAGCGCGGCCCUCAGCAAGCAGAUGGGCAAAUACGACAUGUAUUCCAUGGUGGUGGGCAUGGUCCUCGUCUUCCAGCUCCUUCUCCUCCUGCUGCUGGCCAUGCCCGAGGCACUGAGCGGCGCGUCAGAGGUGGAUCUCCCCGUGUCCUCGGCUCUGCUUUCGCUGCCCUUCUACCUGCUGUGCCUGCUCCUGUUCUCCGUGCACAUGCUGGUGUGCACGUCGGCCGAGAGCGCCUGCUACUUCUGCAGCCUCUCCUGGGGCCUGGUGUUCGGGGCAGUGGCCCUCUCCUCUGGCCUGCUCUGCAUUCUGGUAUCCAUGGCAGCCAGGAAGGGAGCAAAGCCCCCUGGUAAGUCUCCAUCCCGUGCCGGCGGCGGUGGGUGGUCGCUGUCGGAACUUGACGUUCUGCUCCUGGCGGGCACAGCUGGCCACACCCUCAGCCUGUCGGCCAGCAGCUUCGUGGAGGAGGAGCACCAGGUCUGGUACUUCCUGCUCAACACCCUCUGUCUGGUCGUCUUCCAGGACGUCUGUCGCAAGUACUUCCGGGAGCGCAGUGCCAACAUUGGCGUCAUAGGGUGUUCGGAGGACGAAGACCGCCUCCCUCCCACCAAAGAGGGGGAUGAGGUCGCCUCAACGUUGACUCAUUUGGGGGUGACGGGCGCAGAUUCAGAGAGGUGGCUGGCCCUGGCAACCCCGCUGCUUACCCUGGCGUGUUGUCGUCUGCUGCGCUCGCUCAACCAGACCGGGGUGCAGUGGGUUCAUCUGCCUGACCUGGGACACUGGCUCAACAGCUCAGAACACAAGACGGUGCUGUCCUUGUUGGCUGCCAUGUCAUUGGCUCUUAUCUACUUCCUGGUCCAGGGGCGAUGUUCCUGGGUCUCCAAGAUUGCCCUGGCCCUCGGCCUUCUGGGUGUCUACAGCUACCGUGCGGCUGUGGGCAACGUUGUGUUACCAUGGCAACAUUCCGGUGGAAACAUGUCCAAGGGGACGAUGAAGGCGCGCUUCGUGUACGUCUUCAUCCUGGGCAUCCUCUUCACGGGCUCCAAGGACCUGCUGAGGUCCCAGGUCAUCACAGCCGACGCCCGGCUGAAGAGCAGGGGAUUGUGGGAAAUCUACAGUGGUGUGGUUCUGUUGGUGGCCCUGUUGUUCCGGGCACACAACCUGCCGGUGCUAUGCUGCUGCCUACUGGUCCAGUCCUUGAUGGCCCAGUUCAUCUGGAAGAAGCUCCACUACGAUGCUGCCCAGACCACCAUCAUGCACUACUGGUUCGGACAGGCCUUCUUCUACUUCCAGGGGAACUCCAACAGCAUAGCCACUGUGGACAUCUCGGUUGGCUUUGUGGGACUGGAGAGCUACGUAGAAGCCCCGGCAGUCUUCCUCACCGCCCUCAGCACAUAUGCCGGGCCCCUGCUCUGGGCUUCCCACCUCGUCUGCUACCUCAGCUCCGAAAACAGGAGCUCAGUGGCGGUCGGCCAUGGCUGCUACUGCUUGGCCCUGCUGCGCUCCGUGCCGGUGGCAGCCUACGUGGUGCUGGUCACGGCUCUGCGCUACCACCUCUUCAUCUGGAGCGUCUUCUCGCCCAAGCUGCUGUAUGAGUCCAUGCACACACUGCUCACCGCCGCAAUUUGCCUCUUCUUCACCACCAUGGAGCAGAGCCGCAGCUCCAGCAGGCCCUAGGGACCCCACGUCUCCGAGGACUCUCAGCUUUCAGGAAAAUGGGUUAAGGAGAAGGGCCAAAGGCUAAAUACUAUGAUAAUGGGUGGUCCUGAUACUGUCCUCGUUGACUUCUGGAUGCCCUACUACACCCCGGAGGAGUAGGUAUGAAUGUACUGUCCCCUGCGCUGGAGUUCUAGGACAGCGGCAUUCACCUUUUGGAAAGCAAUAUAGUUUCUCUAUGGUCUAAAACAAAACUUAUUUAGUAAGAUUAUUAUUUUGAUGUGUUGGCUGGUUCUACUGAAGUCUGUUGUGGUGUUUAUUGAGCAGAGCUGAACAUGAAAGGUAAAUGAAUUAAUAAUUUAAUUUGAAUAUGUCAAAAGCGCAAUCGUGAAGGUAUACUGUCCCUUGAAAUUGGAUUGAAAUUGGAUUUGUAUUCAUUAUUUUUUAUGUGUUAUUGUUUGUUUUGUUUCCGUAGACUAGUAAGUGCUUCUAUUGACCACCGUUUCUCUGUAGUGCUUUAUGCCAGUUGCAUUAUACUGUAUUUCCUCCAUGCACUUUAAUCAAUACAGUGACCACAUUAUCAGCACAGGGACUUUGUCGAUAUGCUUUCCAACCGGUCUGUAUUUUCCAUCUCUUCAAUGAACUAACUGAGUUGAAUGGAUUCUCUUUGUAGAUGAUAUAGAUCUGCUCCAAGCUAAUAACAAGCCAUACUUUCCUCCCACUUUACUUUCAGGCAUAUAUGUAUAUAUAUUUUUUUUUUUACUCUCGGGGAAUAUAUUGAAAUUCAGUCAACGCUUUGUUAAUACAGUGGAUUAUUACUAAUUCUCAGAUGAGAAUUGAUUCUGGGUGAAUGCCGUUAAUGAAAAGAGAAUUUAGAUUUAGCCGCUGUGUGGGGAUAAAGGUUCGUUGUUGUUGGGUAAGGUGAUGUACAUUUUCCAUCUAAAAGUGGUUAUCUUUUGAUAAAUAUAUUGUGUGUGAGGCAAUAUUUCACUUAUAUUUCUGUAUUGCUCAUUUGAUUUCUAAUGUUAAAAAAGGGUUAUGUAUGCCAAUCGACAAUUUGAUUUCUUACCUACUUCUGCCAGACUUGUGAAACCUAAUCAUCGGCAAUUGGGAGACCUUCCCCUGACACACUAAUUCAAUUACAUAAUGAAAUAAACUUACAAAUUGCUUACUUUAAAUACAAUUAAAGUGGGGUUUUUUGCAUUUAUGAAGAUAUCCCCUAGGGAAAUCUUGUGAAUACUGAAUGUAAAAAGCGGUUAGUUCCAGUCACACAAUCUGUUUGGAUAACUUGCAAAGAACUUGAACGGAGAUCCAUAUUCUGAUAAAGGGCUCUCAAUGUCCAAUAAUAACAUUACUGUAGCUGUUUGCAAGUCUGGUAAAUAAGCAUAUGAGAUUGCAGCAAAUCACACAACUUUAAAUAUAUGACCUUAGAAAUGUGAUUGUUGUGUAUUACUUUUCAUUUUCCAACUAUUCAUGUGUUAUUUAGGAUAAUGUUGAUUUUGUUUUUUGUUCAAAUAUUUUGUUGCAGUACCAGUCAUAAGUUUGGACACACUUACUCAUUCACGGGUUUUUCUUAAUUUUUACUAUUUUCUACGAAACUAUGAAAUAGUAUGGAAUCAUGUAAUAACUAAAAAAAGUGUAUAAACAAAUCAAAAUAUAUUUUGGAUUCUUCAAAGUAUCCACCCUUUGCAUUGAUGACAGCUUUGCACACUUUUGGCAUUAUCUCAACCAGCUUCACCUGGAAUGCUUUUCCAAUGGAGUCCUCAAGCAGUUCCCACAUAUGCUGAGCACUUGUUGGCUGCUUUUCCUUCACUCUGCGGUCCAACUCAUCCCAAACCACCUCAAUUGAGUUGAGGUCAGGUGAUUGUGGAGGCCAGGUCAUCUGAUGCAGCACUCCAUCACUCUCCUUCUUGGUCAAAUAGCCCUUACACAGCCUGGAGGUGUGUUGAGUCAUUGUCCUGUUGAAAAACAAAUGAUAGUGCAAACCAAAUGGGAUGGCGUAUCGCUGCAGAAUGCUGUGGUUGCCAUGCUGGUUAAGUGUACCUUGAAUUCUAAAUAAAUCACUGACAGUGUCACCAGCAAAGCCCCCCACACCAUCUCACCUCCUCCUCCAUGCUUCACAGUGGGAACUACACAUGUUGAGAUCAUCCGUUCACCUACUCUGUGUCUCACAAAGACUCGGCGGUUGGAACCAAAAGUCUCAAAUGUGGACUCAACAGACCAAAGGACAGAUUUCAACUAGUCUAAUGUCCAUUGCUCGUGUUUCUUGGCCCAAGCAAGUCUCUUCUUAUUAUUGGUGUCCUUUAGUAGUGGUUUCUUUGCAGCAUUUUGACCAUGAAGGCCUGAUUCACGCAGUCUCCUCUGAACCGUUGAUGUUGAAAUAUGUCUGUUACUUUAACUCUGUGAAGCAUUUAUUUGGGCUGCAUUUUCUGAGGCUGGUAACUCUAAUUAACUUAUCCUCUGCAGCAGAGGUAACUCUGGGUCUUCCUUUCCUGUGGCGGUCCUCAUGGGAGCCAGUUUCAUCAUAGUGCUUGAUAGUUUUUGCGACUGCACUUGAAGAAACUUUCAAAGUUCUUGACAUUUUCGAGAUUAACUGACCGUCAUGUGUUAAAGUAAUGAUUGACUGUCGUUUCUCUUUGCUUAUUUGAGCUGUUCUUGCCAUAAUAUGGACUUGACUAAUAUGUCCUCACUAUUAUUUUACAAUGUAGAAAAUAGUCAAAAUAAAGAAAAACCCUUGAAUUAUGAGUAGGUGUGUCCAAACCUUUGACUGGUACUGUAUAUAUAUAUAUAUAUAUAUUUUUUUUAUUAUUAUUUAUUUUUUUUGUUCUUUGAUCUUUCACUACUUAUAUAGGCAAAUAAGGUCUGACAGUAUCCAGAUUUCCAUUAAACUGAUCUCAUGUGAAUUAAAUCAUAUUGUAUAAAAAGUUAAUGUAGACAUUGAAACAGGAAAGUACCUACUGUCACCAGCAAACAGCCAAAUAUUUUAGAAAAUGGUAAGAUUCAAAUGUAUUUCACAAAUUAUGCACUUUAAUGCAAUAUAAAUGUUUUUUAGAUCAUUUUGAUAAACUGACCAAUUAUGUGAUCCUAUGUCAAAUGAUAAAUGAUGCGCAUAAUGUAGAGGAAAUUAUCCUUGACAGUUCGUCACUCUUCAUUCAAUCCCAUUCUUAAUGAGAUCUCACGAGUGUACACUUGUUGCCAGAGCUUCAGGAUGACUGAGCAAGUUGAAAAUGAAAUGUAUUAUACUUUACUAUAUUAAAGUAUACAUUAUUUAUACUUUA